AUGGUGGAGUAUUCGAACUGGAAUCUAGUUAAAAUAAUAACUUCAAGUUCAGGUGUUGACUUUCAAGGCAAUGACUUCAAAACUUUGGUAUACGAGUUCAUGUCCAAUGGAAGUUUACAUGAUUGGUUGCAUUCAAGUGAAACUACAUCCGGAUUGAACCUCGUCCAAAGAAUAACCAUUUUCAUUGAUGUCGCAUCUGCACUUGAUUAUCUUCACAAUUACUGCCUACCAACCAUCCUUCAUUGUGACUUGAAGUGUAGCAACGUUCUGCUGGAUGAUGAUCUGGUAGCCCAUGUUGGAGACUUUGGUUUAGCACGAUUUCUUGGAACAAAUUCAAACCAAAACAGCACAAGUGGCAUUAGAGGAACGAUUGGGUACACACCUCCAGAGUAUGGGGUUGGGAGUGAGAUGACAAGUAGUGGAGAUGUAUAUAGUUUCAGUAUACUAUUGUUGGAGGUUGUGACAGGGAAAACGCUGACUGAUGACAUCUUUAACGAAGGCCGUAGCCUAUACAAAUUUGCAGACAUGGCCUUGCCAGACCAUGUACCCGAUGUUAUUGAUGAUGACCUUCUAAAUUUUCUUCAAGAGGAUGCUAUUGCUAAGCAAAGUACUUUAGCAAAUAUAAAGAAAAUAGAGGAAUGUCUAGCUUCAACCAUCAAGAUUGGAGUAUCAUGCUCUGUGGAUUCCCCACCACAAUGGAUGAACAUCGCAAAUGUUGUCCAUGAGUUGCAACAUAUUCUGUAUAUGCUUCAAAACAUUUGA